ACGCCAUUCUGAGAGCGAGUCAAGCGAGUGGCCCAUAGACGUAUAUGUCUGUGGAAUGGCCAGGUAGUCUAACCUCGUCUAACCGGCGUGAGGUUCGAUAGGAGCACCACACAAAUAUUGACUAUUAUCCUUUAGUUGCUGUUUUUUAUAAUUCUAUCCAGCUCGAAACCAUGGCAUCUUCCACCGAUGUUGCUACAAUCAGAGCUCAGAGAUAUUUAAACGAACCGUUGGUGGAGCGAUGCAGAGAUCUGUCCGUAUUGAUAGACGAAUCGAGCACCACUGAGCUGCAGCUAGUUUUUCCCCUGCUGAUAGACUCCUUAUUCGGAAUAGUAGACAAUAUCGGGUGGGGCUUGCACAAUAUUACCCUCAAGAAAAAUCCACACGAAUAUGAGAUGCUGUGUCACUUUCUUAGUCCUCAAGGACCAAUGUUUUCUUUAUGUUAUAAACUACUUCCAGACUGUUAUCUCAAGUAUAACUUUCCAGUGUCCUAUCUACCGUCGAAAAUACGUUCCAUGUUGGAGGAAGCUAUGAUAUCACCAUUUUAUCUCGAUAAAAUAAGAGAUGAUCAAGGGACACGUGUUCCUUCAGCUUUAUCUAUGAAUCCCUUUGAGUACUACAUAUUUCAUUUUGCGUAUCAUUUAACCAAUCCCUGGUUACGACUUCAACAGCAAGAAAAUGUGUGGAUGAAUUGGGAAACAGUUUACGUUCAGUUAGCGCAUUGUUAUCUGUAUCAUUUUCUUCCGAGAGAUAAUUCCGCGGUUCUACCAGUGAUUGGACCAUAUGUGAAGAAAACGCCGCCAAGAAAAUUGACUCAGUCCCCAGAAUUCCGAAGAGAUUGUCAGAAAUUACAAACUCUGAGACUUCUGCGAGCAUCUAUAUUAACAUCGGGAUCGAUGAGUCCUGGAUCAGGCGCGCCGCAGCAGCAACAGUGUUUACCGCAAGUCUGGCGAAGCGAGACUGUAGUACAAGUCUUUCUCGAUUUUUGGUUGGAGUAUACAGAGGACGCGCAAUUAAGUACAUCCUAUCUGUCUUCGAUACCGCGACGACACAGUAUACAUUCCGGAGAACACAUACGCCUUGUGAGAGCGUUCAUAAAGACUCUGCACGAGUUUACGAAUAGCGCUACGGGCGACAAGAGCGCAAUGGACGAAUUGAAGAGAAUAAUUCUUCCUUCGGUUCAAGGAAAAAUAUAUACGUUUUUGAGGAAGGCAAUAUAUCAUUGGCCUCUAGACAGCUCGUUUAGAUUGAUACUGGAAGCUUGGCUGAGCUUUAUUCAACCAUGGAGAUAUGUACCGGGAGUAUCAUAUACUAAGGAAGGGUAUGCUAAAGCAGAGGAAGAAGAAAGAGGCAAGAUUCAUGAUCCUGGUAGAUGGAUUUCUUUCGUUGCUAAUAAUCUGUUGGCGUAUACGGUUGUGUUCCAGCAGUUGCUUCCGCGAUUUAUGAGAACUGACCUAGUAGCACCUAAGAAUGCAUUAAUGUUAUUCAGAGUUACAAAAGUAUUUUCACAACCAUACUUGGCAAAAAUGAUAUGUGAAGUGGAGAGUUGUAUGGAUGACGCAGGCUUAAGUAAAGGUCGAAUAACUACAAAUCAGUGGACAUCGAUCGUUAGGCAACAGAUUGUUGAACUGGAAGGUCCGACCUAUCAAUACGUCCCUAUGUUUUCGACAGCUAUCAACCUGCAGGUCGUAUGGUUUCUGAGCAAUAUUAAACAAGCUCAUUUAACGGCGACUAGCCUAGUUGAGGCUCUGGAAAACAGAAGAAGGGGAAAGUGCUUUCUACUUUCUCUCUGGGAAUUCUUUAGCUGCGAGGAAUACUCCUCGGAUGAUAUCAGCAUAGAGGAACGACGACGCGUUCCGGUGCUUUUGGCUACCGCUCAACAGCAGUUGAUAGAUAUAUUUCAAAUACAGCUCGAAGACAUUCCGCAAGUUGCUAUAGUGGCGGAUCAAGAAUAUCACGAUAGCAUUCUGUCGACUUCUUUCUGUCAUCAGUCGCAAAUGGAGUCCAGCUUCGACUCGAGCAGACCGGGUACUUUCGUGCCGUUGCAAGAGGGUAGACAGACGUGUCGAUAUAUCGAAUACAUGGGCGAUCCAGAGCUACAGCCGGUACGAACGAACGAGUGCGCUUUUCUCGUUCGACACCUUUACAAGCUAUGCUGUUACAUCAAUCUCAAGUAUCGACACGAGAUAAUCGCACUGUACAGCAGACGAAGCUUCCUUGGUAGUAUUUGUCGGCAACUGAUUGCCCCACCUACCACUAUUGUAAAAUUACCCAAACGAACGUCAAACGGAUUUACCAGUGGCUCCGAGGAACGAUUGCCGCCUCGAUUAAGUUUACGAUCUUUAGCCAAUUACACCUUCCUCAUGAGUAUAUCAUUUGGUAUAUUGAUCGCAUGGCUCACCAAUUAUGGUCCUUUCAUGUUCCUGGGAUUUAUAUUUUUUAUGUGGAUUAUGUACAUAGUUAUACGUGCAACGUUGCAACACUAUUUUCCAUCUGGCGCAAGUAUUUUCAGACCAAGCGCGAGUACAUCUUCCAUUAGUCGAUGAUACUUUCGUAUUUUAAGAUAAUGAAUUGCAUUACUGUAAGCAAUUUUGGAUGAAACGUUUUUUGUGAACAAUGAAUAACAAUUUUGGAUACAUAUAUAUUUGUAAGUAUAUUAAACGAUAGAAAAUAUACUAUCGAUAACAUUUCUGUUUGCAAACCAUUACUUUAAGUAAUUGCGUUAAGUAAUUGCAUGAAAUUUGUAUUUACAUUGUAAUUAUUUAUAAUCGAAGACCUUCGCCUUUGAAAAUGACUCUACAAAUUAAUUCGUUGAACUAUUUUCUAAAUUGUUUGUGUGAAAAGUGAAUAUAUCACUCACUUGUG